AUGUCACUGAUCAGCCUCGCCGUGCCUGAAAUCAGUGAGUGGCAGGUGCUGGAGGCCGUGGUGCGGGUCGUGCUGGGCGUGACCCUGGAGGACCUGGUGCAGCGUUUCGCGCUGCUCUUCCUCACGCACAAGGAGGCCUUCACCGCGCCCCCGACGCGGACGGUGCCGUGCCGCUGCCGGGAGAGCCGCCUCCAGCUGGAGCAGCUGUCCAUGGCCUUGGCGUCCUCCGGGGACAGCUCCGACGUGAACCCCGCCGCCGCCAAGCACAGCACCACCAAGGGCCGCACCGCGAGCAAAGGCGGCGUCACCAUCGCGGACCGUCCUCCCUGGCGGCACUGCUACCGACCCAGCACCCCCAGCAUGGUGUUGUACGAGCCGCCACGGGUGUGCGCCACGCGGUCCGAGGCCGGCGAGGACGUCGAAGACCAGCCGAGGCCGUCCGCGAGCACGGCGUCGAGGCCGUCGGUGAGGCAGGCGGAGACGCAGACUCAGCCGCAAGGCAGCCAAGGCGGCGGCCCGGAGACGUGCUGUCGUGGCCUCCGGAGUCAGAUCCUGGACCUCCGGAGCCUCAUCACCGGCCUGCAGAAGGACAUGGCCGGCCUCAUGCAGGACGAGAGGGGUGACCUGCCGCCGGAGAGCCGCGAGCGGUGGAGAGAGGGCGUUGAGUUCUGGCAGCAGCGAUACGAAGACCUAAAAGAGGAGCAGCAACAAUGUCUGUCGAGGAAAAAAGAAAAGAGAAGGUGAGCAAGAGUUGUUCUAGAGGCGUUAAAUACAAAUAACUCAAAGAUCUG